CACACCCUUCCUCACACUCUGUGUUACUUGCUUGCAGUAGAUGGACGCUGAGCUGCACAGAAAUCAGACUUACUCUUUUUCCUGCUUUUUACUUUGUCUGUUUCUUUUAGUUUAGUCGAUUAUUUUCUUCGCUGUUCUGAACCAGGAUGAACACUAACACCUUCACCUCCAACAUGCAGUCCAAUCUGCAGAGGGCAAAGGACAUGAGCGAUGAGGAGAAGCUGUACAGAUACAAAGGGGUUUUGUACCCUCAGCUUCUCUCCCCCAUAGAGAAUCUAAAGGCUCUGGAGAACUUCAAGGCCCGAGAGGAGGACAUCCUGCUGGUGGCCUACCCCAAAUGUGGUUUUAACUGGAUGGUGGGGGUGGUGAAGAAGAUUAUCGCAGAGGCCCCUGUGGAGAAAGCUGAAGCCAGGAUGCCGCCGCUGAUGGAGUUUUUUGGACCGGAAGUUGUAAAGUCGGUGGAGGAGAGUCUUUCUCCGAGGUUUCUGGGGACUCACCUUCACCCGGACAACAUCCCCGCCUCCUUCUAUGAAAAGAAAACCAAAAUUCUGGUGAUCUUCAGGAACCCUAAAGACACGCUGGUCUCGUUUUAUCAUUUCUCCAACAAAAACCCGUACCUGCCCUCCGAGUCCUGGGACUCCUUCUUCUCCAACUUCCUGAGCGGAGACGUUGUCUGGGGGUCAUACUUUGACCACGCUCUGGCCUGGGAGAAGAGGAUGGACGAUCCAAACGUCAUGAUCGUCACCUACGAGGAGCUGAAACAGGACCUGAGCGAUGGCAUCCGUCAGAUCUCCUCCUUCUUCGGCUACAGUCUGACGGAGGCUCAGGUGCAGCAGAUCUCACACGGCAGCACCUUCUCUGCCAUGAAGGAGAGCUCUGCGAUCUCCCAUGGUGCUAUGCUGGACGUCAUCUUCAGAAAAGGCGAGGUGGGCGACUGGAAGAACCACUUCACCCCCGAACAGAGCCAAGAGAUGGACGCCGCCUUUAACAAACAGCUGGCAGGAACCAGGCUGGGGGCCAAACUCAACUACCAACGCCACUGCCAGUAGGAAGCGGGAGGGGAGCAGGGAAAGAAGGAGGGAACAUAUAUAGAAGAAGGGGGAACAAGUGCAUUAUGAAUUUUAUCAUUGUAUUUACUCCAAUCAGUGAAGUUUGGUUGAAAGGUUUCAAAUCAAUCAUCAAAUUGGGUUCACUUGAAGUUAAUCUGUGCACUAAUGACAAAAAUCAGUGAAUACAAAACAGUUCUCAAAAUACAACAAACACACUGCUCAUCAACACAGGAAACAUACAGUAUCUUCUGUGGGGAUUAAUGGACAUGCAUUCAGAUGCUUUUACCCACACAUUUUGACAGGAAAUGCAAACAUGAUUGGGAAACACAAUGAAAGUGGGCCGAGGUAAUAAAAUCCUGACAUGCUUUAAUAACGUGAGUCUGUGCAACUCCAGGUGUUUCUGUUUUACCUUUCAGCCACGGUUUGCUCAGAUACAGGUGAGGAUUUGGUUCUGCAGCUGAAAUCCCGAGCACAUGAACUUCUCAGGUUAUUUUACAUAUAUAAUGUUUAAAAAACACAUUUAACAUUUGAAUUAUUGUCAAAGUGGCAGCUACCUGAACUCGUGGAAAAACGCACUUAAUUCUGGUUUAGAAAUUGUGGCUUUUAAACAACUUUGUGAAUAUGGGCUUUUAUAAAUAUGCACAAUCACUGUUUAAUCUGUAUGGUUAUUACAUGCAGUGCAUCACUGUACAAGAUGAAAAAUAAACCUCUUUUCCAGAACACUUA